CCUCGCAACGGAGACGGAUCAUCCGACAACUCCAUCGAAUCCGGCCACAACAUCAUCCACGGUGCCGGCGAGGAGCCAUCGACUCGAGACAGCCGAGCAGACAAGACAGCCCCGGUGCCCAAGGUCGAGAAGGGCGCUGGUCUCGAGGGCAUGAACGCCAGCGGCGGACAGAGCCAAGGGCUCGCCCAGGGUCCAGACAGGGGCCAGGGU